AUGCCCUUGACGCCGCACGAGGGAUCGCCCGACUUCCAGGGUGGCACGCCCGCGGACGAAUUGUUCGCCGACGGUUCGCCCCCCGCCGGGGGCGACGGCGCGCCGCCGCCGGCGAAGAAGCACCGGCCCGAGCGCCACGGCAAGUGGACGCCCCCCGAGGAGGCCUACGCGUCGCUCGUCAUCGACCACUUCAUCAACGGCAAGGCGCCGGGCUGCGCGGGGGGCGAGUCGCUCCGCGCGCUCCUCGCGGGCCUCCUCCGGUGCACGCCGAUGCGCAUCACGAAGAAGUUCAGCCGGACGCGCGCGAUGGGCAAAAACAAAUCUUUCAGGAAGACGAGCGAGCUCACGGCGUACGAGCGCUUCGAGCUCGACGCGGCGCGGGCCACCUUCCUCAAGAUGGGCGGCCGCAAGGAGAGCCGGAAGCGGCCGCGGUCCGACGCGGACGCCGCGCGGCACGACUGGCUCACAUCCGGCUGGCAGUUCGAGGACCACUCGCUCCACGGCGGCGCCCCCGACCUGGGCCUCCAGUGGCGCCGCCGGGAGCAGGUCGCCGCGCCGCCGGCCGCGUCGGUCGCGCCCGCGGACGGCGAGGACGCGCCGUCGCAAGUCGUUGCGCCGCCGGCCGCGCCGGCCGCGCCCGCGGACGGCGAGGACGCGGACGCGCCGUCGCCGCCGCCCCCGCCGGUCGCGCCCGCGGACGGCGAGGACGCGCCGUCGCCGCCGCCCCCGCCGGCCGCGCCCGCGGACGGCGAGGACGCGCCGUCGCCGCCCCGGCCGGCCGCGCCCGCGGACGGCGAGGACGCGCCGUCGCCGCCGCCCCCGCCGGCCGCGCCGGUCGCGUCUUGGGGCGCCGAGCGUCUUCCCGGAUGCACCGAGUGCUCGUUCGUGGAGACGCUCAUCGCGGACGCGGAGCUCGGCCGCUUCGACCUCGUCCGCGUCGCCGUCGAGGACGCCGAAGGCGGCUGCUACCGCGGCGUGCUCCCCAUGGCCGGCACGUUCACCGACGGCCGCGCGCUGCCCGUCAAGUCCGCGCGGACGCCGAUCAAGACGCUGCGCGCGGCGCUCCUCCCCGGCUGGUACGUGCUCUACGGCAAGCACCCGGCGGCGCUCCGCGGCGUCGACCCCGAGGACGAGGCCGACGUCGGCGGCCUCGCCGCGUGCAAGUGGACGUCGGCGUCGGGGAAUCAGGCCCGCGACGUCAAGAUUUUGGGCGUCGAGAAGAGAUACUUUGAGGCCGCGGCGUCGCACCUGGUCCGCGGCGGCUUUCGCGCGCGCGGCGCGGUCUUCGCCCGCGUCGAAGCCGAGGCGGCCCGCCUCUGGUGCGGCGGCGGCCCCAUCGUCAUGAUCCUCGUCGAUUUGGGCGACGGCGCGACGGCGCUCGACUGCGGCCACCGAAUCCACGCGAGCUGCCUCGAGGAGUACAGCAAGAACGCCUGGGCCGACGGCACGGCCGCGACGCGGACGCGGCGCGGGACGCGGCUGACGUGUCCCUGCUGCCGCGCGCCGUCGCUCGUCGCGGACCCCGUCUUCCGCGUCGGCGACGAGGUCGAGGCCAAGUGGGGCGGCUCGUGGUGCCCCGGCGUCGUCGACGAGGUGCUCUCCGAGGGCGGCUACGAGGUCCUCUGGGACGACACGGGCCAGUGCAACCCGAUCCCCGCGCGCGACGUCCGGGCCCGCGCGUAA